GUCGACUCCUCCAUCAAACACACCCAACUCUCUCUCUCUCUCUCUCUCUCUCUCUCUCUAAAACUCUCAGUUUCUCUCUCUAAGCCGAGAUCUAGCAACCAUGGCAGCACCGGACCUGUUGUUCGGUCUCCGAAACAACUUCUACUUGGGAGCAUAUCAGGCGGCGAUUAACAAUAGCGACGUGCCAAAUCUCUCUCAAGAAGACUCCGUUGAGAGAGACUGCCUCGUUUACAGAUCUUACAUUGCCCUUGGAAGCUACCAGCUUGUUGUCAAUGAGAUCGACUCGUCGGCGGCGACCCCUCUUCAAGCAGUGAAAUUGCUCGCUUUGUAUCUUUCGAGUCCCGACAACAAGGAGGCUACAAUUUCGAGUCUCCAGGAGUGGUUGGGAGAUCCAGCGAUAGGAAACAAUCCAAUCUUACGGCUUAUUGCUGGGAUUAUAUUCAUGCACGAGCAGGAUUAUAAUGAAGCUUUGAAACACACCAAUACCGGAGGGACUAUGGAGCUGCAUGCAUUGAAUGUUCAUAUAUUCCUUAAGAUGCACAGAUCAGAUUAUGCAGAAAAACAAUUGAGGAUCAUGCAACAGACUGACGAGGACCAUACUUUGACUCAACUGGCAAAUGCAUGGCUAAACUUGGCUGUGGGUGGUUCCAAGAUACAGGAAUCAUAUCUUAUCUUCCAAGAUUUCUCUGAGAAGUACCAGAUGACUGGUUUGAUCCUGAAUGGAAAAGCUGUUUGCUGCAUGCAUAUGGGAAACUUUGAUGAAGCUGAAACAUUGUUACUUGAAGCGCUAAACAAGGAUGCGAAGGAUGCAGAAACACUGGCCAAUCUGGUUGUGUGCAGUCUUCACAUUGGGAAAUCAUCCUCACGUUAUCUCAAUCAGUUGAAACUGGCACAUCCAGACCACAUGCUAGUUAAACGCUCAUCAGCUGCAGAAGAGAGUUUUGACAGAGCAGUCCAAACAGUUGCUUGAAAGAAUGUGCGAGUAAUUUGCAAAGAGGGAGAAUAGUGUUUCUUAGUCUCGUAUCCUUUUCAACUUUCGUGAUGAUUGCAGACCUGGUUUUGUGAUCCAUAUGAGCAAUACAUGAAUUCAACUGGAAUGUUUUCUUUCUGAAAAUAUUAUAUGAUAGGCUGAAUUUAUUUUAGUGAUUUUUUCUGAGAUCCCUCAUUGUAAAAUGAGAACACCGUGUAUUGUUGGUAUCAAGUGACUUCAUUUUUAUGGGUU